UCUCGAUCUCAAACUACUGGUCUUGGUGUUGCUAUGGAGAGGCCAUAACAGUUGGCUUUUUUGGUGUUUCGCCGACAUCAAAACACUUCCCAGGGGAAUGUCUGAGAUAGGAGGAAUGGAAAUGGUCUUCCAGCGUGUCCAAGGCCAUGGGUACAUGCUUGGUAUUUUGGGAAUGUCAGUUUUCGAACUGCUUUACUACUCUUUAAUUUCCACAAUGUGCUGAUUGUGUCUUAGGUCCUCAGGGUGUGUGUGUGUCAACCCUCAGAGUGUACAUCGGGGCGUCAAUUUGUCUUGGCGGUCCCUGGCUCUCUGGUGGACCCCAUGGUCAUCCCUCCCCCUCUGCCUGCGGACAGUCACGUGUCCUGCACCCCCCACAGGAUGACCUCUGACCUGUACAGUGUGCCCCUGGAUGGCUGUGGAGUGCACAGAUACGAGGCUGGUCAGGCCGUGGUCCACUUGUUGGCGUUCAUCGCUCUACUUUCCACACAACAUGAACACAGCACCACGUCUGAAGACUCACCUGUCAGGGGCGACAUCUGCACCUGGAGGUGGGUCUGCUGAGGCCCCAGACCUGGACCCUGGCCUGGUUCUCCUGGUGCACUACUGUUUGGCCUACCCAGACACACAACUGGCCUGCUGGCUGCUCAUCUAUGAUGGCUGUCCCAGCCGUGGUGACUCCCAGGCCCCUCCCCCACCACCUGCCCAACCCCGUCACACCCGGAGGCUCAUAAUCACCACCUUCCAGUCUUUACCCACAGGAAGUCCCUCCCACCUGGAGGACCAGGAGCUCUACUUCAUGUGCUCCACGGAGGUGUGCUCCCCAGCAGACGGGGACUGUAUUGAGGGCUGCUUCAGUGGAAGAAGCGGAUCCAGUGGGGACGCGAUCACCAACACUGGACAAUUGAGGAGUGGAAAAACAUUGCCUGGUCUGACGAAUCCCGGUUCCUGUUGCGCCACGCUGAUGGCAAAGUCAGGAUUUGGCGUAAGCAGCACGAGUCCAUGGCCCCAUCCUGUCUGGUGUCAACGGUGCAGGCUGGUGGUGUACUGGUGUGGGGAAUGUCUUCCUAGCACACGUUAGGUCCCUUGAUACCAAUUGAACAAUGAUUGAACGUUUCCAACACCUUGUAGAAUCCAGGCUGUUCUGGAAGCAAAGGGGGUCCGACCCGGUACUAGAUUGGUGUGCCUAAUAAACUGAGUAUCUACCCUGCGUUAACAAAUCUGUGCACUGAGCUGUGUGUGUGUGUGUGUGUGUAGUAUU